UUGGCGGUGAUAAAACCACAAUCAAACGCCUCUUUAAUAAUUUUUUAAAAUAUUGUUACUAUUUCUUAUUAAUAAUCACAUAAGCUUGAAUAUUUAAAAAUAAUACACAACCAAAUCAGAAUGGAAAAUUUCACCCUAAGCUACCGCGAAGUUAUUCCUGAUUUAUCCGCCGAAGAAGAUUGGAAUGAAAUCACAUUGAACACGGGUGCUACCCAGAGCACCCUUCAGGACAUAAAAGUCGCCGAAAAAGCUGGCGGCUACUGCUACAAAAAUGCCACAAACAAUCACAUUCGAAAUCGCUUCAUAUACUGGCGAACCUAUCAAGAUAUCUUGGAACUAUCUGAAGUUAGUUUGGACUUUAAUCUUUAUCAAAGCAACGUCCGCUACAAGUUCACCGACUCACCAGUACUCUCCCUGACCAUAACCGAGUUGGAGGACUCAAUUGUCAUUCUUGUGACAACUGUCUGCAGCUUGCACCGCAUCAAAUUCUCCCACCCCAAUGUUCUGGCUGGAAAACAUGAAAUAUCCGACACUCAAUCGUUUUCGAUAUUUCGUGAUGCCAGCACCAAUGCAGCUCGUGACCCAUCUACCUUCUAUGUGAUCGGACAGAAUACGUCCUCGAGUAAUCCAGUUCCACACGCUGCAGCAAGUUUUCUCUCUCCCAACGGCGAAGAGGCCUACUUUGCUCUCGCCUACCAAAACCAACUAACCUUGUAUCUGAUGAACUGCCACUCAGGGCAGACUUUGGUCCAUGUUCUCAAGGAGCACUACAUUAUGCCAAGAUUGUUUUCAAAUCUUAAAGGAGCUUUAAUUGGAAAAUCCAACUCUUCCGAUGCUGAAUAUGCCAACUCCUUGGUGUUCACUCACAUCAAUGGACACAUCUUUCUUGUGGCUCUUUAUCGAGAUGAUCAGUUGCGAAUGUGGUCGACGACUUCGUUGCAGAAUGUUUGUUCCAUAAGUUGCAUUCGCGAGGGAGCUGAAUCAAGAAUGCAAGGGCCUCAAACAAACGCCCUCCGGAAAAUCAACGACACAACUUUAUGUGCAUUUCUCUCCCAUUCGAUGGGCUCGGAAUUUGUUUGCAUCGAUAUCAAUUCCGAUGGAGCCUCGAAUUACUAUCUAACUCGCAAGAAAAUCAUAUCCGCCCCUCAAUCUGAUUUAGCUGAUUUCAAUGCGUCCGAGUCAAGAAUUUGGGCUCUAUGGUGUAACGCAGAAGGUGAAUUCAGCAUAUCAAACUUCUGCCUCCAGCGAGGAACUGGUAUCAAUUGGGUAUCGGCGGCAAUGGAACCACCACCAGACCGUUACUGUGUCGGCGUCGAACAAGGCAUGGAUCCACGAGAAGCUUACUGCUCCUAUGUUUUCCGAAAAUUCGAAAGACCUGUUGUCACAAAGGCUCUUUUUAUGUUCCGUCGAUCAAGUGUUCGUUUCGACUCCAAACUCUCCAUUGUCGCUCUCAAAGAACAAGUCUGCCAGGCAGUCGAGGAUGAGAUCCAAAACGAAGUCAAAGAUUUCGAUAUCAGCGAUGAUGAGUAUUUGGAAAUCUCCACUCGCUUAUGGGAACGUUUCUAUUCCUGCUGUGAACAGUAUCACAUCAAAGCCUGUCAACCAAUUGGUCUCUUAAUUCUUGAUCCUAUCGAUGCUUUGUGUAUUGUUAAGAAGAAUACAUUUUCAAUGCUUCGACCAUGUGAGACUCUCGAGCACUUAAUGGUUUCUGGGGAUAAUGUCGAAAUGGAUAAUGUUAUAUCGGUACACUUUGCUGGCAACGAACAAGUCGGAGAGGAUUUGGUGAACUUGGUGGCGAUGUUGGCGCAAAUAGAACAAUGGUUACCAGAAGAUGUCAAAAUGGACUUGGAUAAAAAACUCUAUCAAUUGGAAAUGCCUAAUGUACUCAUAGGGAAGCUGGUUGAUGAGAUUUUGGAUGGCGAUCAUGAUAGAGAGAUUCUACCCAACAACUUCAUAGUAACCAUUCGUCAAAAAAUUCAAGCCAUUAGCGAUCUACGAACCCCGAUGGCCAUGCUCUUAGAUAAUCUACGCAUGGAUAAUGGAAGUCCUGAAAGCAUGCAAACUCAUGCAAGUCUCACUCAGUCAUCUCGGUUUCUAAUGUCGAUUGGUGGUCUUUUUGGAAGUCAUAUUGGAGUGUCUGUUCUUUCGGAAUCUGUUAGACAAAUGUCAUUGAUUAGCUUUGCUUUGUGUCGUAAUUUGCUGAUUCUGCAACAGAUUCUAAUUGAUACAUGCUCCUUGUCGCCUGACAUCCUCGAAACUAUUCGUUCUCAAUUUAUGCCCGACACAGUGAUCUUCCUGCAGUCCUACUACGUAAUGGUUUGGAUAUGUGAAACACCGGUUAAUCUUGCUGCCUGUUCCACAUUAGAUAGCAGCAUUCAGCGUUUGAAUAUGUUGCAAUUUACCAAUGGAGGUCCUAAGAUUUUCCUCAACGGUGGGAAAAAUCACUCAGCUCCUCUGCUUCGGAUCUUCCUUAGCUCGAAGGGACUCUACACAGCCUUGGCUCUCUAUGGAGAGGGUUGUAAAUCUUUGAAAACUCCACAAUGGCAACAGACUUUGAUUCCUCUCGUGAGAAUCAUAAGUCAACUCAUUUGGGCGGUUUCUUUUAACUUCACAUUUGGGGAAUGGCUAUUCAGCACUUGUCAGCACAUAAUCGUCGAGGACUAUGUGCGUCUUUUGAACAGUUGGUGUGAAUGGAAUGUGUGCUCCAGACAAUUCAUUCUGGCAGUAUCACUGCUAGACAAUGGAGAAACCCACAAAGCCUACGAUCUGUUCUUGCAGAGUGCUAAAGGAGUCCUUACCGAACAGUUUAUGCGGGAGAAGAUCCUCAAGAGCACCGAGGAGGAAUUGACUCACAACCAAGCUAUCGCUCGAUACUACCUAAAAGUCAUCCAGCUCUUUGAACAGCACAAUGCAUUGGAUCAUAUAAUUUCCAUGGCUCAAGUUGCCAUUGGAAUUCUCGACAAAAAUGAUCCACAAUUGCCGAUGUUCCAAUCGAUAGUCUUCAACAAUCAUCUGAUUCUCGAACACUAUGAGGAAGCCUAUCAUUCCCUAAUUUACAACGCCGAGUUAUCGAGGAGAAAGGACUGCUUGCGGCAGUUGGUGGUGACUUUGUUUAAUAAGAAACGCUUGGAUCUUCUUAUGCAUUUCCCUUACGUGGGAUUGCAUGAUGAAUUCGAGAAUAUUGUCGAAUCCCGAGCUAGAUCGCUUGCCAUCGAUGAUAAUGAGAUCUAUGACUUUUUGUAUGCGUUCCAUGUGAACAAUGGGAAUAUGCGAAAAGCUUCAUCUGUCAUGUAUGAGCAGGCGAUGCGUUUGCAUCUGGAGAGUGAUUCUAUAGAAGCCAUGAAGAAGCGUUGUUCUUGUCUUCUAGUUUGCAUCAAUUCGUUGCAUCUUAUUGACCAUCGAUAUAGGUGGAUUGCAAAGCCAGUUAUUGGAGAUGAAUACGGUAGUAAUUCUAUGACCAAUGAUAACAUGGAAACCGAAGAGGCAAUUGGAAAGGAACAAGUUGUAGUUUUAGAAAUCAAAGACAUUCGCAAGGAACUCCUUCAAACUGAGUCAUUGAUUGUUUUAUCGGAACAUCGCAAAGACAUUGGGGCUUUCCUGCAUGCAGGCUCUCAAGAACUUAUUGUUAUUCUUUCGAAUAGUGGACUUUUUACACCAGCCUUGAAAUUGGCCAAAGGAUUCGGACACAGUGUGUUGCCGGUGUUUGAUAGUUUGACAGCAGCAUGUGUGAGGACAGCCGAUGAGAAUCCCAAUGACGCAUGGUCAUGGUUGCAGGAAAAUGAUUUAGCAGAUCUUCCACAUAGAAGCAGCGCAGCAGAUAUGGCUUGGUCCUUGUUGCAAAAAUUGGUUGAAGAUAAUGAGGAAGAAGACUCAACGAUGAUCCGGAAGAGUGUCGUUAAUAAACUUUUGAGUUUAAAUGCAUUUGUUCCGCAGUGGUUGUAUAUCGCUUAUAAGGCUGCCAAUUCUUCGGAACUCCUUCGCUUAUUUGUAAAUCACAGCCGUCUUCUGGAAGCAACCGAACUAGCUAAAGAACUCAUCUGGGCCAUGCUCGGAGCAGGUAGCGAAUAUUUCGAUUUCAAACGACCAAUAGCCGUGACCAAUCGUGAGAUGUGCCUGCCAUUGCAUUCGUUGGAUCUCCUUAUGCACGGACUGAAGCUGAACUCCGACAUUGACGUCGAAUACAAACAAGCCCACGUCGAACUGGACGAAGUUCUUAAGAUGUACAUCGAUACCGCAGUGCGAACAUCAGACGAUAAAAUACAAAUGGCCUAUCAAAUGGAACGGGAUCGUCAGAAGCAGAGAAACUAAUUGUUAAAAAAAAUAAAAUAAAUAAAGUCAUCUGUUCUUUUGUAGUUAA